UGUCACACAUAGUUAUCAAGCCCAAACAGUCGUACACCAAUUCGCGACCUCGCCGCACCACGGCUGAGAGGUAAUUCUGAAUGGAACCGUGAGAAAUGGCAGCAAAAGACGAUCUCUACUCCAAAAUGAUCCCGAGGAGACUUCGGCAGAAUCGACAGGGCACUGUGAAAUGUGGAUCAAAUUUGGACGUCCUACUAUCGAUGGGUUUUCCCAAAGCCAGGGCACUGAAAGCCCUUGUUUCAACAGGAGGCAGGAGUGUACAGGUAGCAUGUGACUGGUUGUUUUCCCAUGUGGAUGACCCGUUCCUGGAUGAGCCACUCCCCAGGGAGUACGUGCUGUACUUGCGGCCCAGCGGACCACUCCAGAACCAGCUGUCCCACUUCUGGGAGCAGAGCCGGGUCACCUGCGGCAGGAACAAGGCCCACAACAUCUUCCCCCACAUCACGCUCUGCCAGUUCUUCAUGUGUGCUGACCAGAGGGUGGAGGCUCUGGGUCAGGCCCUCCAGACCACCGUGGGCCAGUGGCGUGGCCGUUUCCCCUCCCCCCUCCCCCUGGAACUCUACUCUUCCCCCUCCUUCAUCGGCCUCUUCGUCCAGGAGUCGGUUGCUGACGUCAUGAGGCAGUUUGCCGCUGACUUUUCUACAGAGGCUGCCAGGAAGGCAGAUGUGCUAGUGGAGCCUCACAGGAAACAGCUCCAUGUGACGCUGGCAUACCACUUCCCAACCAAUCAACUUCCAGUCCUGGAGCGACUGGCCAAGGGCAUCGAGGUUAAGUUGGGCUGUGAUUGGUUAGCUGUCCUCCUUUCCCGGGACAUACGAUUUGCCAAUCAUGAGGUAACAUCUACCUGUUACACUGACACAUGUACUCUUACCCCCAUAGCCUACACUAACACACCUCUCCUCUCUCCUCUUCCCCCUCCUCUCCUCUCUCCCCUCUCACUCCCUCUCACUCCUGCCCCCCAGACAGUGAGGGUCAUGUACCCCUACGUCCCCCAGAAUGAGGAUGAGCUGGAGUUGCUUCCUGGCGACUUCAUCUUCACGUCUGCCCUGGAGCAGGGUGGGGCCAGUGAGGGCUGGGUCCUGGGAUCCUCUCUGGCCUCAGGGCUGUCCGGCCUGCUGCCGGAAAACUAUGUCAGCCCUGCAGAUGAGAGUGACACCUGGACACUACAUGGGUCCUACUCCUUCUUCGAUAGGGAGGUCUCCUCCUCUGACAGAGUCAGCAGGGACAGAGUGUCGUUUGACGGACAGCUAGAUACCCGUCUUCUUGACAAUGGCAGCCCUGAGGAAAUGCCCACACUGAGCCUCAUCUGCCAUCCCAUGCAGGCACUGCGUAUUAGCAGUAAUCACUCGCGCCAGGCCAAGAGGACCCUGCUGGUCUGUCGCCAUGGCGAGAGGAUGGACGUGGUGUUUGGAAAACACUGGCUUUCUCUCUGUUCUGACAAUACAGGUCGAUAUGUGCGCUCCAACCUGAAUAUGCCCCCCAGCCUGCCCCUCUGGGGGGAGCAGAGAGACUACAACAUGGAUGCUCCCAUCACAGUUCUCGGUUCCACACAGGCAGCCGUCGUUGGAGCAGCAUUGUUGGAGAGUAACACAGUUAUCGACCAUGUGUACUGUUCUCCCUCCCUGCGCUGUGUGCAGACAGCUCACAAUAUCAUUAAGGGACUGCAGCAGGAAGGAAGGCUGAGGGUCCGGGUCGAGCCAGGCCUGUUUGAGUGGACCAAGUGGGUUUCAGGGAGCGCUCUCCCUGAAUGGAUCAGCCCCAGUGACCUAACAGCACACUACUGUGUAGACACAGCCUACAGACCUCUGCUCCCAGCCUCCCAGCUCCGUGUGUCUGAGUCCUAUGACAGCUAUGUGAGCCGCAGCUACCAGGUCACCAAGGACAUCCUGGCAGCCUGCAAGAACACAGGAAGAGGGGUUCUGCUGGUGGCUCAUGCGUCCUCCCUGGAGGCCUGUACGCGCCAGCUGCAGGGGCGGAGUCCACAGAACGCCAAGGACUUCAUACAAGUGGUCAGAAAGGUUCCGUACCUAGGCUUGUGUUCAUGUGAGGAGCAGGGAGACACAGGAGUGUGGCAGCUGGUGGCCCCGCCCAUCCCACCUCUCACUCAUGGACCCAACCACAGCUUCAACUGGAGGGAGGCACUGCUGCAGGAAUGAAACAUUGCUGAAGCCACCAGGGCCUCAAACCACUUUAAUUAACAGUGUUUCUAUGUGCAGUUUAUGAAAUGAAUGUUACAGGAGUUUUGGGGGGGAUCCAGCAAAUGUAGAGGUAUGAUAUUAUGUCAGGGCUACUCCAGGAUUAUGUCAGGGUUAUGACAUUUUUAUGUCAGGCGAUGUCAGGACUAUGUCAGGGUUAUGAUAUGUUCAUAUCAGGCCUGUGUCAGAACUAUGUGAGGACUAAUUCAGGCUGUGUCAGGACUAUAUCAGGGCUCAAGCUUGACUGUGAGCAUGUCUGCAUUGCUACUGAAGAGCUGUUCCUAAUGUUUCAUCUGCCAGCCUUUACUGAGGUGGUGAUCACCUAGAGGAAGUCAAGGUCAGGUGCCAAGAGCAUCAAGUUAAUGUAUUUAUUUGUAGCAUAGUGGGGUGGAUGGAAAUGGCCGUCUCAGGUGCUGAUUGGUUGAAAACCAAGCUGCCUCAGGUUCUGAUUGGUGGAUGAAAAAACUGCCUCAGGUUCUGCUUGACAGAUAAUGUCUGAGUGCCUCAUCAUGCUAGCUUAAGCUAUUAACUCAGAGUGGUGAUAUGUGUGAGAGUGUGUGUGUGAGCGUGUGUGAGAGUGUGCAUAGCCCCAGCAGACAGUCUCUGGGCUAUGACCCACUACAAUUCAACUGAAGAGCUUUACCGUCUUAUUUAUUGUGCAUUGAUGUAAGUUAUGCUGUAUGAUAUUAUUUACUUUCAUGUCGAGUCUCCUUGCUAUGAGUUAGUGUUGAAGAAAUAUGGCAAUAAGAUAACGGUGUCUUUUCAGACACCACAUUUAAAUAAAUAUACACAUCUAACUUUUCCAACAGUU